GAACGGGCAGCUUCAGGGGUAGUUAGUCAGCGGAGCUUCCAAGAAGGAAACUGUGAAUCCCGUGAAAUGACUGUCGAAUAGAUCUAUGCAAUUUUGAAUCUGUACAUUAAUGUUCAUAUAAAAAUGUUGAAAAGCUGCGGGAAGAAAUUGGCUAUUUCUAUAGCGGCAGCUACCUUUACCUGCCUUGUGGUACUAUUGGUUGCAGCGCAGCACCAAAGAAUCCAGGUGGCUGAGACGCCGGCAGGGAGAGAGGUCGGGAUGCGCUCCCUGCAAAGCCUGGACAGUAUGGGAGCAAACACCGGCGCUCGGCCAGAUCAAGGUCCGUCAGGGAGCCAGUCUCAGGACAGCUCGCAGCCGGCGAACAAGAGAGGAUUCUCCGCCUAUUUCUCUAAAUUAACCCGGGACAGGAGAGAGGUGGACAGGCCCGCGUCGCAAGCUGAGUGGGCGACUGAGGCGCCCCCCGCUGAGGACAUCAACCCCAGUGAUAUCUUUAUCGCAGUUAAGACCACAAAGAAGUUCCAUCAGUCCAGACUGAAUCUUCUUCUUGACACCUGGAUCUCAAGAAACAUGCAACAGACCUACAUCUUUACCGAUGGGGACGAUGAGGAUCUGAAGAAGAAAAUUGGGAGUCAUGCCAUCAACACAAACUGUUCGGCAGCACACAGCCGGCAAGCCCUGUCCUGCAAGAUGGCAGUGGAGUAUGACAAGUUCAUUGAGUCCGGAAAAAAAUGGUUCUGCCAUGUGGACGACGACAACUAUGUCAACGUCCGCACCCUGGUGAAGCUGCUGUCCCACUACCCACACACCCAGGACAUCUACAUCGGCAAGCCCAGCCUGGACCGGCCCAUCGAGGCCACAGAGAGACUCGGGGACAACAAGAUGAGGCCGGUGAAUUUCUGGUUUGCUACGGGAGGUGCAGGUUUCUGUGUGAGCCGGGGACUGGCCCUGAAGAUGAGCCCCUGGGCAAGUGGUGGUCACUUCAUGAACACGGCUGAGAAAAUACGCUUACCAGAUGACUGCACCAUUGGCUACAUCAUCGAAUCGGUCCUGGGGGUCCAUUUGAUCCGCAGUAACCUGUUCCACUCCCACCUUGAGAACCUGCAGCAGGUGCCCAAGUCUGAGCUGCACAAACAGGUUACACUGAGUUAUGGAAUGUUUGAGAACAAGAGGAAUAUCAUUAACAUGAAGGGGGCUUUUACAGUGGAGGAGGACCCAUCAAGGUUCAAGUCUGUGCACUGUUUAUUGUACCCAGACACCCCCUGGUGCCCCUUUAAGGUUGCCUAUUAGUGGCGACGGCCUCCCUCGGUGGAAUCCUCGUCCCGCAUCCGGCCUCGGUAUCUGAAAGGCCUGUGGGACCCGUGUGGUAUGGGGCCGCGAUGGCCGCUGCGUUUCGGUCGCAGUCGGCACGCGACCCUGCAUCGUUUUAUUUAGGCUGCUGUGCGGCCCGCAUUUCGAUAUACAGACAUUUCCUUCCCCUGUUGGUGCCUACACCAACGCCUCCAGCCCAGAGACGGGGGGGGUAAGGGGGGGGUGAUGGGCACGGUGCGCUCGGCAGAAAGGCGCUGUCAGCAUUAGCCCUGCACAGGCUUUGCGUGUGCCUCACAUAUUGUAAAUUUUGUUUGCCAUGUAUUUGCAAUUCUCACAGAAUGUAUGUGCGUAUACCUAUGCCUUUUAUGCCAGCUUUUAUGCGCUAAUUUUUAAUUUUCAGUCCGAGCGCUUGCUCACUGCUUUCCUUUUUCUAAUCUGCAUCCUGAAAGUCAUUUAGAAAUAUUUCUUAUGCCUCUUUGGCAGUUUUAAAAAACCUACAUUAGAGGGUCUGGAGAAAAAAUAUUGGACUUUUCCUGGGUAGGUUUUUUUUUUUUGACAUCUCUGUAGACUCCGGACAAAAUCAGUGACGUGAAGUGUUUUUUUUCUCUGAAACAUAAGUAUUAGGGUGAAUAUGGUUUAAGCUGGCAGUGGGCAGUUAUUGAUGUAUGCUUAGAUUUUGUGUAUCUAAGGUAUGUCACAACAAAGCACUUUCCCCUCUGUGGUUUUUAGUUAAUGAAUUCACAGGUUUGAGGCUUGUUAUGUUUGAGCUAAAACUAAAGUAAGACUUAACCCCAAAAAAUGAACACCUCCAGAAUUUAAUAUAUUUAAUUCCAUUCCAUUGCAUUUAACAAUCCUGGCAAAAUUUAUAUAUUAGACAUUUUUAUCUUACUCAUCUUGUGCAUUACUUAAAGAUAUAUUAAAUAAUUGCACAGCUUCCUUUGAAUAAACUGUUGCUUGCUCUUGUGAAGCUCCCUGACACAUUAUGAAAUAUCACAACAAAUUGUGAAAAAAAAAAUGAAUUCUCAGAUUAGCUGUUUAUAUCUAUACCAACUAAUAUGAUGAGAUAAUGGUCUCUUUCUGGUCCUUUGCAAAGGAUGUUAGCCAUUUCUGUCAUUUUGUAUCCAUUACUGUGAAAUCUUGCAUCUGUUCUACUAAUCCAGGGCUUAACAAGAGCAGCAUCAGACUUUUGAAUCAGAGGUUUUGUCUCUGUGAAAAUGACCCACAGUGGGUGUGUUUGUAAAUCUUUUAUUUGAUGCAGUAUUUAUGUACUGUGCCCUCUGUUCCAAAUGACUGUGUUUAUGUAAAUAUGUUGAUAUCAUGUGCAUUAUUGUUUUCUGUGGAUCAGAAAUGCUUCUGAUGAAUUUAAAAUGAAUGUUUACUGCUUGUAAUUGCAUUUUCCUUUGUAAUUUAUAACUCCAGUAUCUGGAUUAUUGAAUUUAAAUGUAUGA